CAUAAACCAUACAAGAAACCAUACAAGUACCUCAACAUGUUAUUGCAGUGUACUGUACAGUACUUAUGUAAGUUUACUUGUACAAGUCACAACAUAUAUGUUUGAACGCUCAUUCACUGUAUUUCAACGCUUUAAAUAAAAUAUGGAAGCAGUGUUUUACACGAUGGCCCUGAAUGGCACAUUGAACAAUAAUAAAAUCAGAGUAGGCUGGGGUUGAUGUUGCUGAGCUUUGCAUCAUAAACAGAUGAGUCAACAGUGGGAAGGGCAGCCGGAAUGGCAGCAGGCAUGCAGAGCAGCAAGACUCUAAUCUGACACUUAGGACAGUCUAGACGAAAUAAAACUUUUGUAACUUAUUCAACAUAUUUAGUCGAAGAGGCAGGUUGACUGUCUUUACAGAGGGAAGUGUCAGUAAGUUACAGUAAGAGCCGGAGGGAUGAAUGCGGACAGAGAGGAGCAGGAGGACGAACUACUCGCUCUCCAGAGUAUCUUCGAUGCGGAAGAGUUCUUCCGGGAUGAGCCGAAGUUUGCCGGAGAAAUACGAGUGUCUGUCGAGCUGCCCGCAGACUUCACCGUGGUUCUAAAAGAAGGUGAAACAUUGAGGCAGUAUGAGAUAUCGUACCUCCCUCCACUGAAUCUGACCUUUGAACUCCCUGAGGACUACCCAUCAUCGUCUCCUCCCUCCUUCACCCUCACCUGCAGCUGGCUGACACACACUCAGCUCUCUGCACUGAAUGCUCAGCUCACUGAUCUCUAUCAGGCCACUGGGGGCGCUGUGGUGCUCUUCACCUGGAUACAGUUUCUUAAAGAGGAUGCCCUCAUGUUCCUAGACAUGCAUCCUCUCCUUGAGCUCCCAUCAGAUGUGGUAUCAGACCUACCUGCAACAUCCUCAGGAGCUGAGCAUACAACUGAGAUUCUUGCAAAUGGACAGGAUCCUGAACAAUCAAAAGGUAGCAGCGAAGAUUCACAGGAAGAGGAAGAAUCAGGCCAAAAUAAUUUGAUUACCUACCACAGCAAAGGGAGCCAGAAUGGUCUAAACCCAGACCAAAAGGUGGAUAUUCUAAUCCCAAAAACUGCAGCUGAUGCUAAAAAGAUAUCAGAUGUCUCAGAUGAAGAGGAGACCGACCAGAAGCUAGAAACCUCAGAAUUUAAAGCUGUCUCAGAGCACAACCAGGAAGACUUCUUAAAUGGAGGUGAUUCUUCAGCCUCAUCAUUGCUCUCCUCUAGCUCCCCACACCCUCUGGAUCCCAGUGGACAAAGUGGAUCUGCCUCUCUGCCUGUCCACCCAAAAAAAUCCCCUCGCAAUGAACACCAAACUCCCUCUGGUCUCUCCUUAACACCCUCUCAGGCCCUCAUGUCCCAAAUCUUGAUCUACAAUGCGGACCAGAAACAGAAAGCGUUCACCACCACCGUGUUUGACUGUGGUGUGUGUUUUAUGGGCUGGCUCGGCUCGGAGUGCAUACAGAUGUUUGAGUGUGGCCAUAUCUUCUGCAGGGGUUGUCUUGCCGAGUUCUGUAAGCUCCAGAUAACAGAGGGGAAUGUCCAGAAUGUCACCUGUCCCGAUGCAGACUGCCCUGCUACGCCUACACCUGCACAGGUAAAGAGUUUGGUUGGGGAGGAGCUGUUCAGCCGCUAUGAUCGUCUCCUGCUUCAGACGACUCUAGACCACAUGCCUGAUGUGGUGUACUGUCCUCGACGUACCUGCGCUGCGGCCGUUAUCGUGGAGAAGUCCAGCAUGGCAGCAAUGUGCUCCGUUUGUAAGUUUGCCUUCUGUGUCUCCUGCAAAAAGACGUACCAUGGAACAGACUGUAAGGACAAGAAGAAAAAAGAGGAAAAGAAAGAGACAGCAGAAGAACCAAACCCCCUUUUCGCACCACUGCCUGACUCACAAGAGGGAGUGGAGGCUCUGUGGGAGGACUAUUCCAGUGGCAGUAAGCAGAGGAGGAAGCUCCUAGAGCACAGAUAUGGCCGUGAAAUAUUGCUUUUCGAUGCCGAGCAUUGUCUAAGUGACCAUUGGAUUGAAGUCAACUGCAAGUAUUGUCCCCACUGCUACUGCAGAAUACAGAAGCAGAGUGGAUGUAACAUGAUGAUGUGCUCUCGGUGUAGACAGGGGUUCUGCUGGGCCUGCCUUUCCAGAGUGCGCCAUGGUGAAGCGGGUAGACACUACGAUCAAAGUCCUGAUUGUAUGAACUAUAUACCAUAGUCCUGGUGCUUUGUUUUCCAGCAGCCACAAAUAUUGUGUUUUUUACAAAAUCUACACUUGACUUAAAAAUGCACUUUAAUCAGACGCUCUCAGCGACUGAUGUAAUAAACAGAAAAACACUGCUGCCCUGAAACAUAAAAACCCUAUAAUAUUAUUUUGCUAAAUAAAGGAAAACAAAGGAUUUUAGUCCCAAUUUGAACCUUAAACAUAUUCCCUGUGAGGAGUUUUAGCCGGUUAUGACAACAGAAACACAUGGUGAACACAAGAAAGACUUACAAUGAUCCAACCCUAACAAGGUCAACUCAUGACACUACACCAGUUCAUGCUGUGCAAUACCUUUACUUCUUUAUCUUCAAGCAAAGCUGCGAGACAAAGUUGGAAAUGAAUCAAUAUUUAGAUAACAUGUGAAAUUAUUGUAAUGAAUCAUGUGUUGAAUAAAUCAAUGCUGUCA